AGAGAGAGAGAGAAGAAGGGAUAGAUGGUCGGCCGUGGAUGAUGGCGACGACGACGAGCUCGGAUCCGAAGCCCUCUCCUCCGACGCCCACCGCCUCUCUGCCCUGCGCCGCCGUAAAACCCCCCAACUCCCCCUCAUCUCUGGCGCUCCACCGGUUCGGGUACUUCGUCGAUCUCAGCCUUGGUACCCUUUCCCAGCGCCUUCUCCUCGUUGCGUACACCUGCAGCAACCUCGUCUGAAAACACGAGAUGGAUUGUUUGGCGCAAGAUGUCCCAUCCAAAUCCCAUUUUGACUCAACAAAGCUUUUUCCCAAUCGGAUUUUGGGUUUAGGGGCUGAUAGUGGACGGACCCUUAAUUGGGGAUGAGAAAGAUGAAACCAGACAAGACCCGUCGUCGACCCAAAUCCGGCAGGCGCAGAACAUGAUAAGUUGGAGUUUUUACGUUGCCGGAGGUGGAAUUUACCGGUGACCACGAGUAUGGAGAUGCGUGGUCAUUGACCGUGAUACGUGAAUUAGUUGUAACUGUUUGUUAUUCAACAAUGUCUAGUGUUGAAGAUCCAAAUACUGAUAUUACAAACAACAAUAUAUUGAUUGCAGGGAGUAAAUAAUUUAGAAAAAUUUAAGCGAACUAUGUCGUAACUCAAUUAUUCUGAUUUUUAUAAACAUUGAAAAUUAUUAAUCUAAUUUUUAAUUUGUAGUCUUUUUUAUUAAUUUUUAAGCGAUGGUCGGCUGUGAUGAGGAACUGCAGUGGGCAAGGUAGCGAGGAUGGAACUGAUGGCGGUUCGCGGCGGCGUGACUGGCGCAGUGGUGGGCGACGGCUGGUGCAGCGGUGAGCGACGGGCUCGGCUGUGGCCGGGGAGCAAGGGGGCUUCGGACGGCGGCCGGCGGCCGGCGAGCAAGAGAAUACACAACUAUCUCCAUUAAUACCGGUGAGCUUCAUACUACAGCAACAAUUCACCCACCACCACUCUCACCACUGCUCUCAGCAACAGCUUCAUACUACAACCUCCACCAUCCUCAUCGACGCCGCCAUACCCAAUUUCCCAACCUCCGCCUGUUACCUAAUUGAAGACAACCCAAAAAAAAACCACACCUUCAAUUUCACCCACCACCACUUACCACUGCCCUUGAUUUCACCCACCACCAGUCUCACCUCACCACUGCCCUCCAUCUCUCUUUCUUCUUUCUCUCUCAAGUGUCACGCGCUCAAAGGGGUGAGAGGCAUCGAUGAGGUUAAUGAUGGUGGAGAUGUUUCGAGAGGUUUGGACACAGACUAGGACUCAAAGCUCAGUGUCUAGUUUGGAUCUUUGAAUUGUUCUGCGUUUGAUUCUUUUGGCUUGUCUGUAGAUUGUGGUAAUGGGUGUAAUGAUUCUGAUCACGACCAUUGGUACAAUCACCAAAUUUACAAAUUAUUCACCAUCUACAUAUUUCAAUAGUUGGUGUGAAAUUGCCCACUGUGGAGGUGAGGUAUAAGAAUCUGGUUGUGGAAGCAGAGUGUGAGGUAGUUCAUGGCAAGCCCCUACCGACCUUAUGGAAUUCUCUCAAAGGCAUGUUUUUCGACUUUGUCAAGCUGCCUGGUUUAAAGUCGCAAGAGGCUAAGAUAAGCAUCAUCAAUGAUGUCAGUGGCAUUAUAAAAACUGGAAGAAUGACUCUACUGCUUGGUCCUCCAAGUUGUGGAAAGACAACUUUACUAAAAGCACUUUCCGGAAAUCUAGACAAAUCUCUCAAGGUUACUGGGGAAGUUUCUUACAACGGAUACAAACUGGAAGAGUUUGUCCCCCAGAAAACAUCUGCUUAUAUUAGCCAGUAUGACCUACACAUCCCUGAGAUGACUGUUAGAGAAACACUUGAUUUUUCAGCCCGCUGCCAGGGUGUUGGAAGCCGAACAGAGAUUAUGAUUGAGGUCAGCAGAAGGGAGAAGCAGGCUGGAAUUGUUCCAGAUCCAGACAUAGAUACUUAUAUGAAGGCAAUUACAGUUGAAGGACUGAAGAGAACCCUUCAGACAGACUACAUUUUAAAAAUUCUUGGACUCGAUAUAUGUGCUGACACGAUGGUGGGAGAUGCCAUGAGAAGAGGUAUCUCUGGUGGUCAGAAGAAAAGAUUAACUACAGGGGAGAUGAUCGUAGGUCCCACAAAAGCUUUGUUUAUGGAUGAAAUAUCAAAUGGAUUAGACAGUUCCACCACAUAUCAGAUUGUCGCUUGCCUCCAACAGCUGGCACAUAUCACAGAUGCUACUAUACUUGUGUCACUUCUUCAGCCAGCACCGGAAACCUUUGAACUAUUUGAUGACAUUAUACUGAUGGCCGAAGGAAAGAUUGUGUAUCAUGGAUAUCGUAGUCAUGUUUUAGAUUUUUUUUAUGAUUGCGGGUUUAGGUGUCCUGAAAGGAAAGGGGUAGCUGACUUUCUCCAGGAAGUUAUAUCAAUGAAAGAUCAAGCCCAAUAUUGGCACCGGACUGAACAAACUCACAGUUUUGUUUCUGUCGAUAUGUUCUCUAGGAAAUUCAAGGAAUCUCCUUUCGGGAAGAAGCUAGAUGAGGAGCUCUCCAAGCCAUUCAUGAAGUCUGAAAACCAUAAGGAUGCAAUUUCUUUUAGCAUGUAUUCUCUUCCUAAAUGGGCACUCUUUAGAGCAUGCAUGUCAAGGGAAUUUCUUCUCAUGAGAAGGAAUUCUUUUAUUUAUGUAUUCAAAUCAAUUCAGCUUGUCAUAAUCGCAUCUAUCACGAUGACUGUAUUUUUGCGAACUCGGAUGAGCAUUGAUAUUGCUCAUGCAAACUAUUUCUUGGGUGCUCUGUUCUAUGCUCUCCUCAUUCUUCUAGUUGAUGGAUUCCCGGAGUUGUCAAUGACUGUUGCAAGACUUGCAGUAUUCCAUAAACAGAAAGAGUUGUACUUCUACCCAGCUUGGGCCUAUGCAAUUCCAGCCGCCAUUCUCAAGGUUCCACUUUCAUUGUUGGAAGCUCUAAUUUGGACAUGUCUAACUUAUUAUGUCAUUGGAUACAGUCCUGAGGCUGGCAGGUUUUUCCGGCAGUUCAUUCUACUUUUUGCAAUGCACUUAACAUCAUUAUCCAUGUUCCGUUUCUUGGCAUCAGUCUGCCAGACUGUGGUUGCUUCUACAACGGCUGGUAGUUUGUCGAUAUUAUUUGUCUUAUUAUUUGGUGGUUUCAUUAUUCCAAAAUCCUCUAUGCCAGCAUGGUUGAAGUGGGGUUUCUGGUUAUGCCCACUUACAUAUGGUGAGAUAGGCCUUGCUGUAAAUGAAUUUCGUGCACCACGAUGGCAAAAGAUGUUGACUACAAACACAACAAUUGGACAAGAAACACUUGAAAUCCGUGGGCUAAACUUCAAUGAAUACUAUUUUUGGAUAUCACUUGGUGCCUUAUUUGGGUUUGCAAUAAUUUUCAACAUUGGUUUUACCUUGGCCUUAAGUUUCUUAAAGCCUCCUGGUUCUCGGACUAUUAUCUCAAAUGAAAAGCUGUCUCAAUUACGUGGAAGUGGAGAUUCCUUUAGUAGUGCCCGUGUGGAAGAAAACUCCGACAAUUCUCAUCCUAAGACUAUUACAGAACCUCAUAAAGGCAGAAUGGUCUUACCUUUUGAACCCCUAACAGUAGUGUUUCAAGAUGUGCAAUACUAUAUUGACAGCCCUCCGCAAAUGCGAGAACUGGGCUUCACUCAGAAAAAACUCCAACUUCUUUGUGACAUUACGGGUGCAUUCAGGCCUGGUGUUCUUACAGCAUUAAUGGGUGUCAGUGGUGCUGGGAAAACAACUCUUCUGGAUGUUCUUUCUGGAAGAAAAACUAGUGGCACUGUCGAAGGAGAAAUUAAAAUCGGAGGGUAUCCUAGAGUUCAAGAGACAUUUGCUAGGAUUUCGGGUUACUGUGAGCAAACUGACAUACAUUCUCCCCAACUUACAGUAGAAGAAUCAGUUUUAUAUUCUGCUUGGCUGCGUUUGCAUCCUCAGAUUGAUUCAAAAACUAAAUAUGAAUUUGCAAAAGAAGUCCUUGAGACAAUUGAGCUUGAUGGAAUCAAAGAUGCAUUGGUUGGCAUGCCCGGUGUUAGUGGUCUAUCAACUGAGCAACGUAAGCGGCUCACAAUAGCUGUGGAGCUUGUCGCUAACCCCUCUAUUGUUUUCAUGGAUGAACCAACAUCUGGAUUAGAUGCAAGAGCAGCUGCAAUUGUCAUGCGGGCUGUGAAGAAUGUGGUUGAUACAGGAAGAACAAUUGUCUGCACCAUCCACCAACCAAGUAUUGACAUAUUUGAAGCAUUUGAUGAGUUAAUUCUUUUGAAGACUGGUGGACAUAUGAUCUAUUCUGGACCAUUGGGUCGGGAUUCAAGUAACAUCAUUGAAUAUUUUGAGGGUAUCUCAGGCGUGCCAAAGAUCAGAAAUAAUUACAAUCCAGCAACAUGGAUGUUAGAGGUCACUUCUGCGUCCGCGGAAGCUGAACUUCGUGUAGAUUUUGCCCAGAUAUACAAGAAUUCUGCUUUAUAUGAGAACAAUAAAGAUCUUGUAAAGAGGUUGAGUGAUCCACCUCCUGGUUUAAAGGAGUUGCAUUUCCCAACUCGCUUUCCACAAAAUGGUUGGGGACAGUUCAAGUCCUGCCUAUGGAAACAGCACUGGUCUUAUUGGAGAAGUCCUUCAUACAACUUGAUGCGCUCCAUGCAUACGCUUAUUGCAUCUUUGCUUUUUGGUGUGCUGUUUUGGGAUAAAGGGAAGAAAAUAAAUAACCAGCAGAGUUUGUUCAAUACAUUUGGUUCAAUGUUCACUGCUGUGAUAUUCUUGGGCAUAAAUAACUCCUCAUCUGUUUUACCCUAUGUGACAACAGAGCGAUCUGUUGUGUAUCGGGAAAGAUUUGCUGGGAUGUAUGCUUCAUGGGCUUAUGCACUUGCACAGGUGACAAUUGAGAUUCCCUAUCUCUUUGCCCAGGCACUUUCAUUUGUGAUCAUCACGUACCCAAUGAUCGGGUAUCACUGGUCAGCUUACAAGGUUUUCUGGUACUUUUAUACCAUGUUAUGUACAUUGAUGUGCUUCACUUAUCUUGGAAUGCUUCUUGUUGCAAUGACACCGAACUUUCCAGUAGCUGCAAUUCUACAGUCAACCUUUUACACAAUGUUCAACUUGUUUGCUGGAUUUCUGAUUCCUCAUCCGCAAAUUCCGAAGUGGUGGAUUUGGUUGUAUUAUCUAUGCCCUACAUCUUGGUCACUAAAUGGUUUGCUAAAUUCCCAGUAUGGAGACAUAGACAAGGAGAUUAUGGUGUUUGGAGAAAGCAAAACUGUUGCAGCAUUUUUAAAAGAUUACUUUGGAUUUCACCAUGAUCAAUUACCUAUAGUUGCUGUUGUUCUCAUUGUGUACCCCAUAAUUCUUGCUUCUCUGUUUGCUUACUUUAUAGGAAAGCUUAACUUCCAGAGGAGAUGAAUGUUGUAUAGUUGGUAACUGGUUUGCAAUUUUGAUGAUUAGAUACUAUCUUCUCCAGCAAUUUGACUGCCAAUUUGGAUUAACUGGACAAAUUAGUCCAACCAGCAUCUUUAAAAUUUUGUUUACAUAUUGUUUUUUGUUAA